AUGCCUUCUUCUGCUGAGCCCUCUCCUACAAAUACUCCUCUUUCAUCCCCUCCUUCUCCAAUGGCUUCCUCCUUGUCUGCGACACCUCUUGCUUCUUCUAUGGUCUCUCUUCCUAAUAUCUCCUAUGUUGUUUCUAUCAAAUUGGAUCGUACGAACUACAUCAUUUGGAAAGCUCAGUUCUUGCCCCUGUUGAAGAGUACUGGUUUAAUCGGAUAUGUUGAUCAAACAAAUCCGUGUCCUUCUCAAUUCACCUCUGAUGGCGUCACCCCCAAUCCUGCUUAUGCAGACUGGCAUAAACUUGAUCAACAACUGCUCAGUUGGAUUAAUUCUACCCUCACUCCUGGCGUGCUCUCUCAGGUUUCUCGUUCUCUUACAGCUUGUGAUGCCUGGAUCUCUUUGGAGAAACGUUUCAAUUCUCAGUCCCGUUCUCGUAUUCUUCAGUUGAAGCACCAGCUGCAAACCACCAAACGCGGUACCUCCUCCAUCACUGAUUUUGUCAAUCAAAUGACUGCUGUUGCUGAUAGUUUGGCUCUUGCUGGCAAACCCGUGGAUGAUGAUGAUCUUAUUGACCUUAUUCUUAAUGGUCUCGGACCGGCGUAUGAGAGCGCUGUCAACUCUAUUUAG